AUGCUGCUGCGAACGCAGCGGAUUGCGAGCACCUCGGGGGCCGAUGUCCCAAUUGUUUCGAUCGACGAUGGGAUCGAAGACGUGCAGCUGGCACCGCAGGUGCACCUGAAUAAUCCCAAACAGGACGCUGUAGAAUGCUGCAACUGCUGGCGCAGUGGGGACGAAACUGGAGAUGAUGAUAUGUGGCUGGUGAUCACCCUUGUGCUGCCACUGUUCGAGCAGGAAUAUCUGGAUGCGAUCGACGCUAUCAUUCACCAGCAUUACGUGGACGAUAUGCUCAUCAGUGCCGAAACGGAGGAGGAAGCAAUGCAGCUAGCUACGGACGUGAAGAAGAUCCACGAGUCCGGUGGAUUUUUGAUGCGGAACUGGAUAUCAAACUCACCGGCGGUCGUUGCUGCGCUUGACGGGGAAGGGACCAACGAGAAGAAUCUGAGCAUAGGGGAAGCGGGGAGCACCGGAAAAGUGCUCGGAAUGUGGUGGGAUACGAAAGCCGACUACUUCACAUACAAGGUAUCCGCCCGCCAUGACGCUGAGUUAUUGGCUGGUAAUAGACGACCGACGAAGCGUGAAGUGCUUCGGACCCUGAUGAUGGCGUUCGACCCACUCGGGUUGAUCAGCCACUUCCUCAUGUUCCUUCGAAGCCUUCUUCAGGAGAUUUGGAGAGCGUCCGUCGACUGGGAUGAGGAGAUUCACGACUGUCACUUCGAAAAAUGGCUGACCUGGUUGCGGAUUCUCCCUCAAGUUUCGAACGUGAAAAUUCCUCGCUGCUAUCGCAUCGCAACUUCUGCAGGAGAGAACACCGUCGUACAAAUGCACACUUUCGUGGACGCAAGCGAGAAUGGAUUUGCGGCCGUCGUCUAUCUGCGGUUCCAAGAAGGAAGUACCGUGGAGUGUUCGCUAGCUGGAGCAAAAACCAGGGUCGCUCCGCUAAAAUUCCUAUCUGUUCCGCGAUCUGAGCUGCAGACGGCCGUCAUUGGAGUCAGACUGGCGGAUUCUAUUAUGGGAUCUCUUUCGAUAAAGGUUCAAAGGCGCUACUUCUGGACCGAUGCGAGGGACGUGAUGUGCUGGUUGCAUUCGGAUCACCGGCGCUAUAGCCAGUUUGUAGGAGUUCGAAUUAGCGAGAUACUGGAGUCGACGGAGAUAAAAGAAUGGCGGUGGGUUCCCACAAAGUUGAACGUGGCGGAUGAUGGGACCAAGUGGAAGGGAUGUCCUGACUUGAGUGCAUCCAGCAGAUGGUUUUGUGGACCUGAUUUUCUUCGAAACCCCGAGGAAGAGUGGCCAACGACCUCGCAGAUUGUGAAGGCGACCGAUACGGAGCUACGUCCGCAUCUACAUCUUCAUUUCAAGGCUUUCGACCCGAUCAUCGAUGCUAGCCGGUUCAGCAAAUGGACAGUCCUUUUGAAAACUACUGCGUAUGUGUUCAGAGCCAUCAAAAAUAUGCAACGGUCCUUCCGAAAUUCUCCGAAGGCGCACAAACCUUUCUCCCGUGAUGAGUUUGUCAUGGCCGAGAGCUAUCUCUACCAGGUGGCCCAGAGGAGCACGUAUAUUGAGGAAAUCGCCAUCCUGUCUACAAAGCUCCAAAAACCGUGUGAAAAACCGAUUCCCAAAAGCAGCUCCAUCUACCGCCUCUGUUCGAUCAUGGAUGAAAAGGGGAUUCUACGGAUUCGCGGACGAACCAACGCUUGCCAGUUCAUCGAUAGCAGCAUCGCCAAUCCCGUCAUUCUGCCACGAGACCACCAUAUUACUCGGCUUAUCGUACUGGACGUCCAUCAACGCUUCCUGCAUCAGAACCACGAAACCAUCGUAAAUGAGCUGAAACAACGCUUCUACAUUCCUCACCUCAAGGCAGUCUACAAGUCGGUCCGCAAUAGCUGUCAAACCUGCAAGAACGAAGGAGCUCGACCACAAGCACCGCUGAUGAGCGAUCUGCCGCCUGCUCGUCUAGCGGCCUACAGUCGACCUUUCAGCCACAUGGGGGUGGAUUAUUCCGGCCCAAUGACGGUAUCCAUAGGCCGCCGAACGGAGAAACGCUGGGGGGUCUUAGUCACUUGCCUGACCGUACGGGCAAUCUACCUGGAAGUCGCGCACUCACUGACAACUGAUUCGUGUAUCAUGGCUCUGCGCAACGUCAUGGGCAGGAGGGGAGUACCAGUCGCCAUAUACAGCGACCAUGGUACGAAUUUUGUAGGGGCCAAGAAGGAGCUACACGCCGCACUCGAAGAAUUGGACCACGAUAGGAUCGUAGCGGAAUUUACUUCACCUCAAACCACCUGGCACUUCAUCCCUCCUAUGUCCCCUCACAUGGGAGCAGCUUGGGAGAGGCUGAUUCGGACGGUCAAACAGAACCUGGAGAAGCUGCUUCCGAGUCGUCUGCCAUCCGACGAAACGCUGCGGAGUACGCUCAUUGAGGUGGAAAGUAUCGUCAACUCGAGACCCCUGACGGAAAUACCUCUUGGCGACGAUCAAUCUCCUGUGCUGACACCUAACCAUUUCAUCAUGGGGUCGUCGAAUGGAAUGCUGCCGUGGACCUGCUUCGAUGACAACCCCACCCGAUUGCGGCAGAACUGGCGGAUGUCACAAAGCCUAGCGGAUCAAUUUUGGAAGCAAUGGCUGCAUGACUACCUCCCUUCACUGACUCGUCGAGCGAAGUGGUUCACUGAAGCGAAGCCGAUCAAGGUCAACGACAUCGUGGUCAUUGUUGACGCACGGUUUCCUCGCAACUGCUGGCCCAAGGGGCGAGUGAUCGCCACUAAUGUAGCACCAGAUGGGCAAGUCAGGUGGGCUACAGUGCAGACCGCUAAAGGUAUAUACGAGCGACCAUUCGUCAAACUCGCGGUGCUCGACGUCGGCGUAGGAGGAAAUGCAACUCAGAUGGAUCUUCGGUGCAUUGAAGGGGGGAGUGUUGCGCGCGCCACGUCGACCAGCGAGCCUAGUCCGUCCCUGGUUGUCGACAACAAACGUCAGCCGUGA